GGUGAGCGAAUCACCUUUUUGUCCCUAAGAUCGUAAUAAUUUCACUUUCUAACAAAGUUAUGAUGAACAGAUUAUUCAUAUACAGAAUACAAAGAGUAAGUACUCUUGAUUUCGAUUACAGUGGCCCCAAAAAGUAUCAAUUUUUAUCUGAUAGGUAUAUGAGAAACAAGUGGUGGCAGUGUCACAGAGGAAGACAGACAUGACUGGACUUCUACGAAGCCGCACACACCAAAAUAAAAUAAUACUACUAUAAAAUAAAUAUAGAAAAUCAGAAUAGCCCCAUUCUCAUUUUGCAUCUGGGUUCUGUUUAAUCUGUUUUAAAAUCUCCCAAGUUGAUUCUUGCAAAUUCUAAACUCAAAAUGGACCCCGACGAGAGGCUAUGUACAGAAACAUGGGCAAAGUCCUCAUCGGGGCUGGACACUCAUUCAAAUAACCCAUCUCUCACAGAUUUUGAUAGACAUCAGAAGAAGUGGGAAGAAUCCUCGUUUGAUAGACAUGGAGUAAGGACCUCCGGCCAACAACUUUCUGGUUCCAAACGCCCAUUGGCAUGUGACACUGAUAGCCAGAUGCAAAUGAACAAUCUUCAAGGUAAGCAGAUACAAGAGGCUCCCAAUAUGCAGAACUGGGAUCCGAAGGCAAUGCUGAGCAAUCUCUCGUUUUUGGAGAAGAAGAUUCACCAGCUACAGGAUUUGGUGCAGUUGGUUAUCGGGCGCAGAGGCCAAGCUAUGAGCCAAGCUGACGAGAUCUUGGCUCAGCAACAGCAGCUUAUCACGGCUGAUCUCACCUCGAUUAUAGUUCAGUUGAUAUCCACUGCGGGGAGCCUUCUCCCAUCUGUGAAGAACUCAGAGAGUUUGAGUAGCCAGCUAGGGCAAUUUGGUGGAAUGAUGAGUCAAGCAGCAGGAGUUUCGGAUAAUGUUGUUCAUAACAAUGCAAACAAGAUGGAGGAUCACCAUGAUCCAACUGGCGGUCUUGAGGAACAUACUAUGAAGAGUGAUGAUGAGACCGAAGAAGGAGAGAAUCUCCCUCCCGGCUCAUAUGAGAUCCUGCAGCUCGAGAAGGAGGAGAUUCUUGCACCUCACACCCAUUUCUGCACGAUCUGCGGUAAGGGGUUUAAGAGAGAUGCCAAUCUGCGGAUGCACAUGAGAGGCCAUGGCGAUGAGUACAAGACUCCAGCUGCUCUAGCUAAGCCACAUAAGGAAUCGAGCUCGGAUCCGGUCCUCAUCAAGAGGUAUUCCUGCCCUUACGUUGGCUGCAAGCGCAACAAGGAUCACAAGAAGUUUCAGCCUCUAAAGACGAUUUUAUGUGUAAAGAACCACUACAAGAGAACCCACUGUGACAAGAACUACACCUGCAGCCGCUGCCACACCAAGAAAUUCUCGGUCAUUGCAGAUCUGAAAACGCAUGAGAAGCAUUGUGGGAGAGAUCAGUGGCUUUGCUCAUGUGGGACGACCUUCUCUAGGAAGGACAAGCUCUUCGGUCACAUUGCCCUCUUUCAAGGCCACACUCCGGCUAUCCCUCUCGAAGAGGCUGGGCCGUCUGAUCAAGGGCAAAGCAGCGUUGAAGCAGCAAACAAAGUCGAACAACUAGACUUCAGCUACAAGUUAGACGAUCCAGGUAGAAGCGUGUGUCAAGGCUUAAUGGAGGUAGAAGGGUCUGGAGAGGAUCCAGCAACCUAUUUCUCGCCUUUGGGCUUUGAUACAAGUAAUAUGGCCAGUUAUCAAGAAUUCCCUCGGCAUCUAUUUGAGGAUGCAGAGAGUUCCUUCUCAUUCCUUCUAUCUUGUGAUGACUCUCCGAAGAAUGGAAGGUAUGCCGCUCCAAAUGAUCUUGAAUGAGGUGUUCUCGUUCUUUAUUAAUGUAGUUUUAAAGUACUGUGUAUCAAUGCAUUAGUUCUUUGACAUCAAAUAAAUUUUUCUGUAGAAUCGUUUCCAUGGUGAUCUACCCAUCCAUUGCUGUUCCUUUUAUCAUCAAUGAAAAAAGCAUAUUAAUUCAA